UGAUCUCAGGGCCAAGUUGCCUGCCUGUGGUGUGUGCUGUGGGGUGGAAGGCCUAGGGCAGCAGAAGCAGGACAGCCAGACAGGCCGGACGGGGUACCAGCACCUCGACUUCUCUCCCUGGGACACUGUCCAAACUCCGAGGGCCAUAGGCCAAGCUGAGAGAUGGGUGCUGAGGAGGAGGUGCUGGUCACACUGUCUGGGGGAGCCCCCUGGGGCUUCCGACUUAGGGGGGGGGCCGAGCAGAGGAAACCUUUACAGGUAUCCAAGAUCCGAAGACGGAGCCAGGCUGGCAGAGCAGGACUCCGGGAAAGGGAUCAGCUUUUGGCCGUCAAUGGGGUCUCCUGCACCAGCCUCUCUCAUGCCAGAGCCAUGAGCCUCAUCGAUGACUCAGGGAAUCAGCUUGUCCUCACCGUGCGGCGGGUAGAGGACGAGGGGCCUGUGCGAUCUCCAUCCCCUGGUGAGCUUCAGGCACUGUCACCCUUGUCUCCGCUGAGUCCUGAGCCCCCUGGUGCUCCAGUUCCCCAGCCUCUCCAGCCUGGGAGCCUCCUCUCUCCCCCUGACAGUGAGGCUUACUAUGGAGAGACAGACAGUGAUGCUGAUGGCCCAGCCACCCAGGAAAAGCCCCGCCGACCCCGCCGCCGAGGCCCAACAAGGCCCACCCCUCCAGGAGCCCCACCUGACGAGGUCUACCUGUCUGACAGCCCUGCAGAGCCAGCACCUGGUGUCCUUGGCCCUCCCAGCCAGGAUGACAGCCGCGUGAGCUCCCCAUCUUGGGAGGACGGGACAACCCUUCAGCCACCCCCGGCUGAGGCCCUGCUGUUGCCCCAUGGCCCCCUCCGGCCUGGCCCUCAUCUCAUCCCUAUGGUGGGGCCUGUUCCCCACCCAGUGGCAGAAGAUCUGACUACCACCUAUACUCAGAAGGCCAAACAAGCCAAACUGCAAAGGGCAGAGAGCCUUCAAGAGAGAAGUGUGAAGGAGGCCAAGACCAAAUGCCGGACGAUUGCAUCCCUGCUAACCGCAGCCCCCAACCCCCACUCGAAGGGGGUACUGAUGUUUAAGAAACGUCGGCAGAGAGCCAAGAAGUACACCCUAGUGAGCUUUGGGGCUGCCGCGGGGACAGGCGCUGGGGAGGAGGACGGCGUCCCUCCGACUAGUGAGUCCGAGCUGGACGAAGAGGCCUUCUCCGACGCCCGCAGCCUCACCAACCAGUCCGACUGGGACAGCCCCUACCUGGACAUGGAGCUGGCCAGGCCGAGCUCAGGCGCAGCAGAGGGCCAGGGCCCGGGGCUGGGAGGGCAGCUGAGUGAGGCCUCUGGGCGAGGGGCCCAACUCUUUGCACAGCAGCGCCAGCGCGCAGACUCCAGCACCCAGGAGCCGGCCGGGGAUGGUCCAGCCGCCACGCUCAACGGGCAGGGCCUGCAGUCACCACCUCGGGCACAAAACGCUCCGCCAGAGGCGGCUGUGCUCCCAUCCAGCCCUUCGCCGGCCCCUGCAGCCAGCCCCAGACCUUUCCUCCCUAGCGGUGGAGCCUCUACCCCAGCUCCAAGCAUCUUUAACCGGUCAGCCAGGCCGUUUACUCCGGGCUUACAAGGGCAGCGGCCAGGUACCACCUCGGUUAUUUUCCGGCCCCUGGCUCCCAAGAGGGCAAAUGAGAGCCUGGGAGGCCUCAGUGCCGUCCCACCGCCUUUCCUGUCCUCUCCGCAGGGGACCACUCCUCUGCCCAGCUUCUCUUCAGGGGUUCCCAGCCACGUGUCAACCCCCGGUUCCCCCAGCACCCCACGCUCCUCCGGCCCCGUGACGGCCACCAGCUCCCUAUACAUCCCCGCCCCCAAUCGUCCUGUUACGCCAGGCGGAGCCCCAGAGCCCCCCGCCCCCUCUAGCGGAGCUGCCAUGACCUCCACCGCUUCUAUCUUCCUAUCGGCGCCUCUGCGACCUGCUGCACGCCCAGAGGCCCCCGCCCCUGGCCCCGCAGCCCCUGAGCCCUCCAGCGCUCGGGAGAAGCGUAUCUCCGUGCCAGCUGCUCGCACCGGCAUCCUCCAGGAGGCCCGGCGUCGGGGGACCCGAAAGCAGAUGUUCCGACCGGGAAAUGAGGAGACGAAGAACUCGCCCAACCCGGAGCUGCUAUCGUUGGUGCAGAACCUGGAUGAAAAACCCCGGGCUGGGGGUGCGGAAUCUUGUCCAGAGGAGGAUGCCCUGAGCCUCGGGGCUGAAGCCUGCAACUUCAUGCAGCCACCAGGGGGCAGGAGUUACAAGACGUUGCCUCACGUGACAGCUAAAACCCCGCCUCCAAUGGCUCCCAAGACCCCACCCCCUGCGACUCCUAAGACUCCACCCCCAGUGGCUCCCAAGCCCCCUUCUCGAGGGUUCCUCGAAGGGUUAGUGAAUGGGGCGGCCCUUUCGGCUGGAAUCCCUGAACCACCAAGGCUUCAGGGCAGGGGUGGGGAGCUGUUUGCCAAGCGUCAGAGCCGAGCGGACAGGUAUGUGGUGGAAGCACCUGGUCCUGGCCUUGGCCCGCGGCCCAGAAGCCCUUCUCCUACCCCCUCCCUGCCCCCUUCCUGGAAAUAUUCACCCAAUAUCCGUGCCCCACCUCCAAUUGCUUACAACCCACUGCUCUCACCCUUUUUCCCCCAAGCUGCCCGAACUCUCCCUAGUAAGAUCCAAUCCCAAGGGCCUCGGGCAGCCCCCAAGCAGGGCAUUAAGGCUUUGGAUUUCAUGCGGCACCAGCCCUACCAACUUAAAAGUGCCAUGUUCUGUUUUGAUGAGGUUCCCCCGACUCCUGGACCCACCUCCUCAGUGCCUCCCAGAACUGCCCGAGUCCAGGAGAUCCGCCGAUUUUCGACUCCAGCGCCCCAGCCCACUGCAGAGCCCCUGGCACCCACUGUGCUUGCCCCCCGAGCAGCCACUACAUUGGAUGAGCCCAUCUGGAGGGCAGAGCAGGCCUCAGCCCCUGUCCUUAGCCCAGCCCCUCCUCCAGAGUCUCCCAGGGGUCUUGGGGCCUCCCCCAGCUCCUGUGGCUUCCAGGUAGCCAGGCCCCGGUUCUCAGCUACUAGAACGGGAUUGCAGGCUCAUGUGUGGAGGCCUGGGGCAGGCCACCACUGAACAGGGCACGGCUCCCAGGACCAAGGGGAGGUGGAAUAUCUAGUUCCUAAAGUUGCUUCUACCCAACCCGCCUGCCCCCGCCCCCGCCCCCCCUCCUUUGCAGGCUAAAUUCCCUCCUGCCAGAGAAAGUUUUGGAGUUGGUGUCCCAUCUCCCAGCUUCCUCCUGACUCCUAACCUCCCUGCUGCUUUCCAACCUAUAAUACUAUCUUUGCUUUGGUGUCUGUGCUUCUCUUUGUAGUUCCUUGCCUGGAUCUCUGUCUUUAACUCUGUCUCUUCACCUACACUCCUCCACUGGUCUCCAUUUCUCUACAUUUGUGCUUUUUUCUGUGGGCCUUGUUUUAACAGUCAAUGAGAAAGACACAGAGAAGUUACCACUGAGACCUCAGGCAAGAAGCUCACCACCAGACAGGCAGCAAAGGGACUGAACUGACCCCUAUUUGCACGAAAUCACUUGCUGCUCCUCACUCUUCUUUCCCAAGCUUGGCUGGCAUUUUCCUAGGCGUGUGUGUGCAAGUGUGUGCGUGCACACAGAUGUGCUCUUCUGUCUUAGGCAAGAGUAAGAGGAGCGGUCUAAAUAAAGACCCAAUCUGGGUCUUACCCUUGCACUAAUGAAAGAAGAGUCAGUUAUCCUCACAUAGACUGUCUGGUGGGGAGAAAGAGACUCAUUAGAGUUAAAGAUCAUCGUCUGUAGCAGGUGUAGAGCAUCGGGUGAAAUUCAUAGAGUAUGAGGAGACUCGAAGGACCAGGGCAGUUUGUAUGGGUUGAGUUAUACCAGCUAGACCAGGAGUAGAACUAAGAAUUCUGUUCCUUGGGAUUUCAGAAAGUUAGCAACUUGAGAGGCCCAUGCUGAGCAACAAAGCAUCCAAGAAGUGAAAAGAAAGAAAGAAAAUGUCCUCUGAGAACGAACAAAUCAUUGGCUUCAUUGUCUCAUGAACUUAAGACAGAAAGGAGAAAAGAACCAUGAUGUGGAAAGUGAGGUAGAAACCAGGAGCAGAACAGAAAUGAAUGAAAUUGAUCGAGCCUCAGAGAGAAGCAUGGUGAGGGAGAAUACAGUGUUGGUAGAGAGUAAAAUUGGAUAAUAAGAAACCAAUCAUGUACAAAAGUGGGAUUGGGGAGAAAUUUGAGGGAGAAGAAUGUAUUUGUUAGAGUGAAGGGGGAUGAUGGUGGAGGGAUGCGAGAGUGUGUGCUGAGUGUUGAAAGACAGGUAUCUGUGCUACCUCCUUUGAAUCUGUCCCUCUGUCUUCUGCAGCUUGUCAUAACUACCUGAGAAAGGGCAGGGAAACACCCAGAGCCAAAACCUCUUUUUAGUUCUACCCCAUCCCUCAAACCCUAGUUCUUAUUUCUUUCCAGCUUCAGGUCCUGAUCUCUGAUCCUAGAGGGAUAUGGACUCCCCUCUCACCAUGACCACCACUAGUCACGUUUGCUGCUUGAUCUGGAAAUUGAUAAUUUCCUUUGCAUAUUGAGUGUGAGUCACAGUACUUUGGUUUGUGCACAAGAAUAAACUUAUGCCCCAUAUCUUC